AGACAAGCAGUAUUUCGCGACUUCUUUCCAUCAUCGUUCACGCAACCAACGAUUCAUAGCGCACCUCUCAGGCCCACAUACGAUUCUUAGCACUCCACCCGAAACCUCUCCAAACCCACAGACGUCAAGUCGCCCCCAUCGCUACCCUCUUCCUCGAGCUUCGCACCGAACUUGCCCUCGAAAACCAUGGCCCCAAGCACAUUCGCAUCCGCCGCCGCGGGCGGCAAUACACCCACCACUCCGCGCACCGAGUCGAGCGGAGAAUGGGCACCACGCCGAACAAACGGCGCAACCCAGACCUUCCGUCGUCCUUCAGUCGCUACUUCAAUGAUGAGUUCCAGUGCCAGGGAAGUGACUUCUGGCGCACAACCUGCCGUCUACGUACCUCCGCAUCGCAAUGGCCCUACCCACUCGGACACACGCUAUUCCAAAAACCAGCUGCUCGACCUGUAUCACAAGCAGAACGUAGAAGGCUCGCUAGACGACUCUCUCUCACCCCUAUUCGUCUCCGGAUGGGAACCAACCCACACUAACGGUGUUUCUCUGGGUGGAUGGGGCAGAAGAGACGAACAAGCCAAAGACCACGUCCCCGGACCUGAAGUCUGCUGGGAAAAAGACGGCUCUACAGGACCUCUGGGCUUGGUCGAUAUGAACGAUGAAGAGAAGGAGCACUUUUCAUCUGUCAAUUCGCCUCUGAAACCGCCCACUACCGUGACCAAGGACGCUGUCAAUCCCCCCAUGCGUAAGAUUUCCGUGUCGCAAAAUGUCAACAGCCCCGGUGCCUUUGCUGUUGCCUCACCCGGUGGCGCCAGACCAGGCCCUCGACGCCGCGAAACGCAGGAGGCCUAUCCGUUCCCCUCGAGUUCGCAGCUCAACUCACCUUCUGUGGUCAAGACUUCACGCGACGACUCUCGUACCACGUCUCCCCCGCCUUCUCUAACCAGAAGAAGAACCGACUUCAGAGACUUGGGCGACUCUUCUGACGAGAAGCCCGCUAACGACGCCAGCGAUGUUGCUCGCCCCCCGUUCUCUGGCCUCAAACGUACCGCUACUGGUCCUCUGAACACGGCAGUCGGAAGUGCGUCCUCCCCCUGGUCUGGCACUCCUCAGAGUGCAGGCUUUUCACCCAUGGGCGCGUUUGGCAAUUUUGCCAUUAAUUCUAACGCGAGUGUGGGCACCCCAACUUCGGAUAAACGUCCUGGACUGGCAGGCGGUAGAGCCGAGAGUCGUUUCAAAGGACUUAUGGCUAGGGACAACGAUGACGGCUUGAGAGACAAGCAAUCAGGUCUGGAAUCCAUUCCCCACGAGGAGCAACACGAACAGCAUCCCACUGGGAGUGCUGCUCUUGGUGGUGGACAAGACAUCUCGCCUCCACGUAGCCGUGGCUUCGGCACUCCAAGCCGUCAAGACUCGCGUGACGAGUUCGGUCAUGCUGCCUUUGGUAUGACCUCGGAUCCCUUCCGUGCCUUGAUGAGCCAACAACAUGAUCAGUCCCAGGCCCGCUCGCAACAGCAGCAGGGUACCGGCAAUGACCCAAUGAGUCCCUCCGAUACCAACCCUUACCAGAGUCCCGACAACGCCCCUGUCGACCUGGACGAUGGUGACAACGACGAGUCCGACAUGCAUAACGCUCAUCUACCCAACUUGGGUGGACUCAUGAACGAUUCCAUGUCUUCUGGCCCAGGAGCCUUCCAUGGUCUUGGCAACCUCGGACGUGUUCCUGCAGCACCACCAAGUGAUCGCAGUCAGACGUCCAGCGUUGGACCCAAUAGAGGUUUCGGUGGUUUCUCUGGCUUGGGCGCUCUACCAGGCCUCGGAGGUGCUGCUGCCUGGGGUGGCCCUCAGGCUUCAAUGGGUACACCCAGCAGAGACAGAGCUGCCAUGGCCGCUAACUUUGGAGACAACCCCUUCGGCUCUGCUGAUAUAGGCUCGCCCAGCCUUUCCGGCUUGAGCGGCCUGGGAGCUUUCGGCGGCCAUCCUGGCCAGAGUCGUGGCGGGAGCCGACUUGGUUCUCUUUUCCCCAACAGUGUGCAAGAGCAAAUGCGACCUGAGCAUGGCCGUCAAGACGAGGACGACGCCGGAUCUGGAGAGUUUGCGACUCAAGCUCGCGAUACUUCUAGUCCUUUCAGACGCACUGCAGAUCUUACCGGUGCCUCCUUUGACCAAGACCGCAACGUCGAGACGUCUCAGCAAGAGCCCAUCGGCCAGCGCGCUGCCCAGCCCGCUACAUCUAUGCAAGCUCAAGCUGUCAGCAGCUCCGCAUCCAACCAACCACCCCCAGCCCAACAGAAGACCAUGGUUAUGCCCGACCGUAUGAGGUGGAUUUACCGUGAUCCUCAGGGAGUCACUCAAGGCCCUUGGUCAGGCCUGGAGAUGCAUGACUGGUACAAGGCCGGCUUCUUUUCACCCGAGCUGCUUGUUAAGAAGUUUGAAGAUCUCGAGUAUGAGCCCCUGGCCCAACUUAUCCGUAGAAUUGGUAACUCUCGCGAGCCUUUCCUUGUCCCUCAGAUUGGGAUUCCGCACGGCGUCCCCGCUGUUCCGCAGCCUCCAGCCAACUGGGCCAGUAACCCACUGUCUUCUGGCGGAGCUCAGCCUCCAUUCGCCAACAGCUUCCCCAGCUUUGGAACUACCCUCACUGCAGACCAGCAGAAUGCCUUGGAACGCCGCAAACAGGAAGAGCAGUACUUGAUGGCUCGCCAAAAGGAACAUCUUGCUCAGCAGCAAUUCGCACAACGCUUCCAAGCACAGACCGGUCAUGUGCUGUUCCCUCAAUUGCACCCUCAAUCCAGUGUCCAGAGCUUGCACAGCCAAAACAGCUUUGGCAGCCUCACCUCGCCUGCUCCGUUCCAAUCCACUCCGCUUCAAAGCACUUUCGGCAGUGGCAGCGCCAGUGGUAGCUCCCACGUUCCUGGGUUCUUCGACAACUCAUUCAGAUCCUCUGGAUCGCUCGGUGGCCUUGGAGCUGUUGGUGCUGGUGUAGACGCACUUGGCAACAUUAGGGAAGAAGAUGUGUCAGGCAUGGUCAACAGACUGAACCUUGGAAGAUCAUCUCAGGGUAACUUUGGUGGCAUCGGCCAGCCUUUCCCCCAGUCUGAGGAGCAACAGCAACGUAUCUCUACAAUGCUCAACGACCGUUCUCGUCUUGAGCAGCAGCAGGCUCAGCACGAUGCUGCCCAACGUUUCCAACCGGACCAGCCCGCAAGAAACGAGCAAUUCGAACAAUUCCAGAACCUGCAGGAGCACGCCAGAGCUGAUCCAUUCGGUGUCGGUUCCGAGGGUGUCAUUGGCAAGCCUAUCGCUCCUCCAUCUGAACAGCAGCAAGCUCAGCAAGAGCAAACCCAAGCUCAGUCCCACGAACAGACCCAAUCAGAGUACGAAGCUCAAUAUGAAGAAGAGGCUGAAGCGUUUGCUCAACACGAAGAGGCUGCUGCCGCUGCUUCCAUUCAUUCCAAGCAGGAGCCUUCUCUGACUGAACAAGUCCAGAAGGCUGCAUCUGUCAAGCAGUCUCCUGCCCCUGCUCAGUCUCCCUGGGCCAAGGUCGACACUUCUCUGCCUCAGCCCUUCCCUCCUGCGCCCUCGCAGUCUCCUCUGCCUGCACCGGCUGCUCAGCGUAACAGAUCUCACGUCGCUGAUGCACUUCAUGCUGAGUCUAGAUCUCGUUCUCAAACUCCUUCGGCCGAGACUCCCAGUGCUUCUGUCGCACCCUGGGCCAAGGAGCCCGCUGAGUCAUCCAGAGGACCCUCGCUCAAGGAGAUCCAAGAGGCGGAAGCCAAGGUCGCUGCCGAAGCCGAGGCUCUCGCCGCCGAAGCUCGUCGCGUUGCCUACGAGAAGGAACUCGCUCAGGUUCAGCUGUCUACCGCUCCUGCGCCCGGUCUUCCAUUGACCUCCAACUGGGCCAGCAGCGCCACUGCAUCUCCCGCUACUGGCACCGCUCCUUCGCCCUGGGCCAAGGCCGCAAAGACUGUCGCCGCUCCCGCCAGUGCCAAGAGUAUGGCUCAGAUCCAGAAGGAAGAAGAGGCUCGCAAGAAGCGUCUCGCAGCUGCCGCUGCCCUUCAAGCCGCAGCAGCUGUUGGUACCACUCCCGUCCAGCAAUCCGCCGCCGGCAAGAGAUACGCCGAUCUCGCUAGUAAGGUCGCAGGCUCUCCUGCACCUGCCAGCCCCGUGCCCGGAAUUGGAGGUGCUUGGACUACUGUCGGUGCAAGCGGCAAGGUCAAGACUCCUCUGCCUGCUCCCACUCCCGUCAACACCAGAGUGGCCAGCGCCACUGUUCUUCCCACCGUCGCUGCGGUCAAGAAGACCGUCCCGGCCAGAGCUACCACCGGACCCUCUGCUGUCAACGCUAUUGAUGAGUUCAAAAAGUGGGCUGUCAACGAGCUCAAGCACGACCUUAACAAGAGCGUGACUGCCGACGAGUUUGUUAGCAACUUGCUCUCCUUCCCCUCCGAGCUCGAAAUCGUCACCGAAGCCGUCCACAGCGUGUCUCACACCAUUGAUUCUCGUCACUUUGCCGAAGAAUUCAUCCGUAGACGCAAGCUUGCUGACAAGGGCCUUAUCGACACCACUAAGCCCGCUAGCCCUGCUGCAGGUCAAUCCGGUGGUUGGUCCGAGGUCGCUAAGAAAAACGCUGCCUCAUCAGCUACUAAGCAAGAGCCUAAGGAUGACCUCAAUAACGGUAGCUUCAAAGUCGUGCCUACUAAGAAGAAGGGUAGUAAGAAGUAAAGCGGGCGGUUUGUCAAACAUAUAUGUUGGGAGUGUAUAGAUUGGCAAGUAGGUAGUGGAUAGUCUACAAAGGAAAUCGAAAUGAUCAUUAUGCCGAG